AGGAGGCGCACGAUGGAUCCUCUGGUGCUCAUCGUGCUGACAUGUCUGCCCCUCGGCUCGGCGGUCUACAACGGCCCCCUCCAAGCCGAGAUCUCCAACGGCACCUUCCACCACUUCUACGUCCCGGACGGCGACUACGAGGACACCGAAGACCCGGAAAAGUGCCAAAUGGUCUUUAGGUUCUCGGACGGUUCUCCGUGCUCCAUCGCGGAGGAGGAAAGCGACGCGAUGGUGAGGGAGGAUCUCAUCCUCGCCCGCCUGCAGGCGGAGGACGCGGCGCGGCUGCUGGAGAGCAUCGGGCGGUCAGUAACCAACGACUUGGACGGAGAAGAAAGCUACGGCCAAUUCCUCCAGAGGGAGAUCUCUCAGAUCGGCGAGGCGUUCUCCGGCGUGGAUAAAUCUCUGGAGGAGCUGGAGGGGAAGUUCAAGCAGAGUCAGGAAAGUGAUCUGAAAGAGGAGCAGCAACUAAGCAGCUUUGUCCUCAAACAAGUGGGGGACGUCAGGGACGCCCUGAGGGACACGAAGGACAUCUCGGCUGGAUUGAAAGAUAAACAGGAGCUGCUGUCUCUCAUCAUUCGCACCCAUGGGAGCAGACUGAGCCGCCUUAAAACACAGUAUCUCAAUUCAGGAUCAUAAUUCCAUUUAUUAUUAAUAUAAGCUCAUCUUUUCUUUUUGGACAUGUUGAAUUCAUAUGAUUGGGGAACCAGCUAUGAAGCAUCACCACUUCUUGGAAAUGUGUCAUCACAAACAUCAGCACAUUCCUCUGACUCAAGUGGCAAUAUAUUUAAAAAUAGAAUGUUACAGCUUUUAAUAUUGCUACCUAUUUUUUGUAUGCUGAAAUAAUCUUCUAACUGGUUCAUUGUAUUAUAAACACCCAUAUGAGACCACAUAUUAUUAUAUAUAUAUAUAUGUGUGUGUGUGUGUAUAAGUGGCAGACUUGAGUGUCCCCUUCAAGUGUACCUCGUUAAUUGGAGUCUGGAUUCCUUCACUGCCUCCCACCUCCAUCUGGAAGUACUUUAGUCGGGAUAAAAAUACAUACUCAAUGGCAGCCACUUGUUAUGAUCAAUAUCAAACUCUUUGGAGUCGCUCUUUUGACAAAAUUGUGUGUUUAUUUUGUUUUUAUGUAUAUUUUUUCUUAAUAACUAGGCACACAAUGCAUGAAAAGUCAUUCCAUAUAAGCUCAAAACAUUGAAAAACGUGUCUUAAGUUCAACAUACUAAAUGUAAAAAAAAUGCAUAAAUAAAUGGUGUAAAUAAGAAUAAGUAUGUACAUGUUUAGUGACUUAUUUCUAUGUUGCACUCUCACUAAUGAAGGUGUUUAUUUUGAUUUAUUUGGCUCUUGUUCCUGUCUGCAACA